CCUGAGGUCCUCUGCCCAGCCGGUAUUUCCUGUUUCACAGCUGCUGAAAGCUGUUUGCUUUCUAAUACGAUAUGGAAAAAGGUCUAUCGCAAGGGAAAUUUUGAUAAGGAGGAACAACUAGUAAUGCCCUUGAGUGGGACUGAGACGUAGUACACAGGUGAGGGGCAGGCAUUUGCUAAAAGCAUGGCCAGUUUAUCAGUGACGCAGGGAGGGAAGCCAGAGGGUUAGGCCAGAGCCAGGAGGUGGGUGGGUGAGGUGUUUGCUCUAACUGGGGUUUCCUCUACUUCUCCUAGGAGCCAAGAAGCUCAUCAGUGGCUUUGGGCCAUUCUAAGAAAGUGGGGGAGACCAGUCUAUUCUUCCUUCCCCAAGUCAAGUUCUGUGUCUUUGCACACUAGGAAAACAGAGAAGGUCAGGGAAUUUAAAAUGUCUUCAUUCAUUACUCAUCUAUUCAGUAUAAAGGGCUGACUUUGUGCCCAGCACUAUGCUAGCCACUGCAGAUAAAGUUGUGGAAAAGGUUAGCUCGUGUCUUGUUACCACAAAAUUUACAUACUGGAGGCAAAUGGAAACAGGAAAGAGGCAGUGUGGUAACGGUUUUAAUGAGAAGGUAAGUGCAGGGAUCACAGAGAGAGGGUGCCUUCCGUGGCCCCCAGGCCUUAGGGGAAAAUGCCUAGGGCAACUGACAUCAGAAUUGGCAACAGAAAAGAACACUAGUUACCCAGAAGAGUGGGGAUGGUAAGUUCCAGGCAGAGAAAAUAAGGACAAAGUUCGGAGAAGACAUCAGAAUUGCCAACAGAAAAGAACACUAGUUAUCCAGAAGAGUGGGGAACUGACAUCAGAAUUGGCAACAGAAAAGAACACUAGUUAUCCAGAAGAGUGGGGAAGGUAAGUUCCAGGCAGAGAAAAUAAGGACAAAGUUCUAGAGGCAAGAGCAUGUGUGGUUGAUUAAAAGAACCAAGUUUAUUUUUUAAGAGCUCAGCCCCAGAGAUGGAGGGUGAUGAGGAGCUAGGCUAGAGAGGUUAGCAGGGCCUCACCUGAACUUCAUCUAAGAGCCAUCAAAGUACUUUUAAACAAGGGAGUGACAUCAUUGGAAAUAUACCCCUGGCCACAGUGUGGCAAAGGUGGAGUGAAGAGAAGCAUGUUAGGAACUUGAUAAUAAACCAGAUGAGAGAUAACACUGGAACAAGAGAGUGGCAGAGGGCCCCAGAGCAGUGGGCAGAUCUGGGUAGAGAAAUACUGGGGGCCUUGAUGCACGGUUGGUUACAAAGGGUGAGGGGUGAGCCCAAGACAGAAGCCAACAUUUAAAGCAAUGGGCAGAGUGGAAAAGAAGCCACAAGGAGAAUAACUGCAGGUGAGCAGGGAGUCCUAGAAGCCAAGAGCAUUUCGGGCCCACAGUGUCCAGUGCUUUGAGAGCAUGGUGCUGGGAGGAGGUCUGAGGAGUGAGGAUACAGUAGGAAAGCUGGGACUUGUGAAGACAGCAGCUGAUUUUAGGGGGCCAAAGAAUGUGUGGGAGGCAAGGAAAUGGGGCCAGCAGAUGUAGGUCAGGAGUGCAGCACCACAGAAAGAACAAGCCCAAAGGGAAAUGAGGUUGAGAGUUCUAAGCAUGAAAAUCUGAAACAUGAUACAACAAGAUCAAGUAAGGGGGAGAACUAGUAAAUACAGGACAGAGCUCCUGAUAAGGCAAGAGGGGAUGGGAUGAAAGCUUUGCGUGUGAUUUUUUCCUUCCCUUUGCACCUCUUUUCUUGUCCUUGGAGGGAAAUAAGCCCACCUGUGAAGGAGAGAACACCUUGGCCUUGCCUACUUUCAUUUCUCCUGGGGGAGCCUGCAGCUGGAUCAGACCGGCUGGGAUGCUCCCGGGGAACCCGUAGCGCCUGGCGUGCUCAACUUCGCCCACUAGAUGGCAGCUGUGAUUCACGGUAGCGCUCACGCUGGCUUCCCCUGUAGUUUUGACUUCUGGUUUUUGAGAUCUUGACUACCACUGAAUUCAACCUUUUUCUUUCUCCUUCUCAUUCAGAUGUUUUCAUUACAAAUUUGAAUGGGGGAGGUUAUACACUCGGGUAUCUAUAGGAACCCCACUAUGACAAAGUCCUCUGGGCAAUAAAUACAAACAAAACCCUUUCUCAACAAACAUAAUGAGCAGGACAAAAGGAAGCUGGAGAAGGGGACUGUCCACGAAGGAGGAUGCUACCAAGACAGGGAAGGAAUACGGAAGGCAAGGGUAGAGGAGCAGGUGGGAGUGCAAUUCAGGCGGAAGUGGACAGGCACGGGGAGUCUAGGAGGUGGUCGCUGGUCCCUGGAUUUUGGCAGAGGAAGGAAGGAGGCGGAGGCGGGAGGUGGCCUCCUCAGGAAGGCCAGCAGAUGAGGCCCAGAACCUGUAUGAAGACGAAUUAAACACCUGACGACAAUGGGAAAACACAGAUGCCAGUGCCCAACUCAUUCUCAUACUUACUCCCAAGCUCCCGGGCCUGCACCUUCUGGAAAAACGACAGAUUAUGCCUUUGAGAUGGCUGUUUCGAACAUUAGAUAUGGAGCAGGAGUUACAAAGGAAGUGGGAAUGGACCUACAAAACAUGGGCGCUAAAAACGUUUGUGUGAUGACAGAUAAGAACCUCUCCCAGCUCCCUCCUGCACAAAUAGUUAUGGAUUCCCUGGUGAAGCAUGGUAUACGCUUUAAGGUUUAUGAUAAUGUGAGAGUGGAACCAACCGAUAGAAGCUUCAUGGAAGCUAUUGAGUUUGCCAAAAAGGGAGCUUUUGAUGCCUACGUUGCUGUGGGUGGCGGCUCCACCAUGGACACCUGCAAAGCCGCUAAUCUGUAUGCGUCCAGCCCUCACUCUGAUUUCCUAGAUUACGUCAGUGUCCCCAUUGGGAAGGGGAGGCCUGUUUCCGUGCCUCUGAAGCCUCUGAUUGCAGUCCCAACUACUUCAGGAACUGGGAGUGAAACUACUGGAGUUGCCAUUUUUGACUAUGAGCCCUUGAAAGUAAAAACUGGCAUUGGUUCCAGAGCCAUCAAACCCACGCUGGGGCUGAUUGACCCUCUGCACACCCUGCAUAUGCCUGACCGGGUGGUCGCCAACAGUGGCUUCGAUGUGCUUUGCCAUGCCCUGGAGUCCUACACUGCCCUUCCCUACCACAUGCGGAGCCCCUGCCCUUCAAAUCCCAUCUUUCGGCCAGCCUACCAGGGCAGCAACCCAAUCAGUGACAUCUGGGCAGUCCACGCCUUGCGGAUCGUCGCUAAGUAUCUAAAGAGGGCUGUCAGAAAUCCUGAUGAUCUAGAAGCAAGGUCCAACAUGCACUUGGCAAGUGCUUUUGCUGGCAUUGGCUUUGGAAAUGCUGGUGUUCAUCUGUGCCAUGGAAUGUCUUACCCAAUUUCAGGCUUAGUGAAGACAUAUAAAGCAAAAGAUUAUAAUGUGGAUCACCCAUUGGUGCCUCAUGGCCUGUCUGUGGUGCUGACCUCCCCAGCCGUGUUCACUUUCACAGCACAGAUGUUUCCUGAGCGGCACCUGGAGACCGCAGAAAUAUUGGGAGCUGACACCCGCACUGCCAGGAUCGCAGAUGCUGGGCUUGUUUUAGCCGACACACUCCGGAAACUCUUAUUCGAUCUGGAUGUGGAUGAUGGCCUAGCUGCCAUUGGUUACUCCAAGGUUGAUAUCCCUGCAUUAGUAAAAGGAACGCUGCCCCAGGAAAGGGUUACCAAGCUUGCACCACGCCCUCAGUCAGAAGAGGAUCUGUCUGCCCUGUUUGAAGCUUCAAUGAAACUGUAUUAAUUUUUAUUUUCACCUAAAGAAUUAGCAUCAGCUCUCAUAGUUCUGAACUGAAAAGUUGGUCUAGCCAGAGUUUUGUCUUCUCAUCUCCAUACAUAACUUAUCUGUUACCAGUUUGAACGUGAUAAUGAAUUUAUCCUGCAGAAGACUCCAAGAUGCAUGAGGUCAAGCUAUUUCCAUAAUAUAGGCUAGAAAAAUGCCCCAAGUGUUGGACCCUGGUUUGUGUUCCUGCCCUACACUCUGCAGACCACCCCUGCUUCAUGUAUCAACUGGGUAAAAACUCAGUGUCUAUCAGAAGUUAUUAAUGCACAUUUUUGCCCAGUAAUCCAUGUCUAAAAAUUUAUACUAUAAAAGUACUCUCAUGAAUGUGUAAAGAAAUACAGCAAGGAUGUUUCUGGCAGCACUUUUUCUAAUAAAAUUUGAAAGAACCUAA